CCCUUCUUCCCUCCUCUCACUCGUUUCAGUCAGUCCAUCAGUCCUCUCCGAGACUGGACAGAUGAAAAGAGAAAGAGACAGAAGAUACAGAAAGAGGUGAUGGAAUGACAGACUGAGAGCAUCCCUCUCUUCUCAGACACUGAGAAUAAAGAAUCAGGAGGACGGAUUGAGGCUCUGAGGUGGAGCUCGAAGAAGAAACACAGAGCAACAAAGUUCCAGGAUUCUGAGUCAAAUACAAUCAGGAACUACUUGAAAAUUCAAACAGAAACUUUUCUGCAUUUCUGAUUCUGAGCCACAAUGCCCUUCCUCUUGCACCUCUUCCUCUUCCUCAUCCCAAACCCUGCCCUGCUUUCCCAUGGUGCAUCUGUUGCCUCUGAGUCCCAGCCAGUCAAACUGGUGGUAUCAGAACGCUGUAUUUCUGACCCCAAUGCAAUCGAAGGUCAGGAGUUUGACCUGACACCCGGUUCUCCUCUGGUUCUGACCCACCGGAUUCGUCUGGUUCCGAGUACUGGAUCCGGUUCUUGCUGUCAGUCUGAAUUCGCAGCUGUUAACGAGCGAAUCGAAGCUCUUGAAAGGGAGGUUUCAGAACUCAGGGAGAAAUGUGGAGGUCUAAAUGGAGGCUGCUGCACUUCACAGCAAAGUCAAGGAGUGGGCUGCAGCACUGUCCGUCCCCCAACAGAUGAGUGUCUGAACGACUGCAAUGACCAGGGUCGCUGCAUUGAUGGGAAGUGUGUGUGCUUUGCUGGAUUCAGUGGACCUGACUGCAGUGUUCCUGACUGCCCCGGAGACUGCAGCAACAAGGGGAAGUGCGUCAACGGCAAGUGUGUGUGUGAUCCUGGUUUUGCUGGACCAGACUGCUCCGUUAAAACAUGUCCCAAUAAUUGCAGCAACAAUGGCAGGUGUGUGAACGGAAAGUGUGUGUGCAAUGCAGGAUUCACAGGUUCAGACUGCUCAAUUGUACAGUGUCCUGGGAACUGCAACAAUAAAGGACGAUGUGUGAAUGGGAAGUGUGUGUGUGUUGCUGGAUUCACAGGUCCAGAUUGUUCUGAAAAGUCCUGUCCUGGAAACUGCAACAACAAAGGCAGGUGUGUGGAUGGAAAGUGUGUGUGCAAUCCGGAAUUUACAGGUCCGGACUGUUCGGAAAGGUCCUGCCCCAAAAAUUGCAACAAUAAGGGAAGAUGUGUGAAUGGGAAGUGUGUGUGUGAUGCUGGAUUUACAGGUCUGGACUGUUCGGAAAAGUCCUGCCCCAGAAAUUGCAACAAUAAAGGAAGAUGCGUGGAUGGAAAAUGUUUUUGCAAUUCCGGAUUCACAGGUCUGGACUGUUCUGAAAAGACCUGCCCCGGAAAUUGCAACAAUAAAGGAAGAUGUGUGGAUGGAAAGUGUGUUUGCAAUUCUGGAUUCACAGGUCUAGACUGCUCUGAAAAGACCUGUCCCGGAAAUUGCAACAAUAAAGGAAGAUGUGUGGAUGGAAAGUGUGUUUGCAAUUCUGGAUUCACAGGUCUAGACUGCUCUGAAAAGACCUGCCCCGGAAAUUGCAACAACAAAGGCAGUUGUGUGAAUGGGAAGUGUGUGUGUGAUGAAGGUUUUACAGGUCUGGACUGUUCUGAAAAGACCUGCCCCAGAAAUUGCAAAAAUAAAGGAAGAUGUGUGGAUGGAAAGUGUGUUUGCAAUCCUGGAUUCACAGGUCUAGACUGCUCUGAAAAGACCUGCCCCGGAAAUUGCAACAAUAAAGGCAGGUGUGUGAAUGGGAAGUGUGUGUGUAAUGAAGGUUUUACAGGCCUGGACUGUUCGGAAAAGACCUGCCCUGGAAAUUGCAAAAACAAAGGCAGGUGUGUGAAUGGGAAGUGUGUAUGUGAUGCUGGAUUCACAGGACCAGACUGCUCUGAAAAGACCUGCCCCAACAACUGCAGCAACAAAGGCAGGUGUGUGAAUGGGAAGUGUGUGUGUGAUGAUGGAUUCACAGGACCAGACUGCUCUGAAAAGACCUGCCCCGGAAAUUGCAACAACAAAGGCAGGUGUGUGAACGGGCAAUGUGUGUGUGAAGUCGGCUUCACUGGACCAGACUGUUCCACCAAGACCUGCCUAAAUAACUGCAGCAACAGAGGGAGAUGUGUGAACGGCAAAUGUGUGUGUAAUCCUAAAUUUGCUGAGCCAGACUGCAGUGAGUGUACGGACGGAUUCGCAGGACCUGACUGUGCAACAGCUCUGAUUGCUGUGUCUCACCUCAGUGCCAGAAACAUCACUGAAUCUUCAGUUACACUUUUCUGGACUCCACCUGCAGUGCAGUACAACACGUACCGCAUCACCUUCACCAGCGAGAAAGAAAAUGAUCAGAUCACUGAGAGGGUGAAUGGUGGAAUCAGCUCCUACACUCAGGUGGGUCUGGCUCCCGGGCAGCGCUACAUCGUGACCAUCAUUGGGGAAAAAGACGGCAAGAUGGGCGCCAAGAGCACGACACCUUUCCAAACCUUGAUCUCUGGCCCCAAAAAUCUUCACGUUGUCAAGACGAGCACAACAUCUGUCAUCGUCCAGUGGGAGGCAGCACAAGGACAAAUCGACAGAUACAUCCUGUCCACUGCACCAAAUCAAACAGAUGGAUCUGGUGAGGGACGCCAGGAGAAGACGUUGCCAUCGGGGAUAGACUCCGCCCAGAUUGAUGGCCUGCAGCCUGGACGUCUGUAUGACGUUUCUCUGGUCGCAGUCAAAGACGGCACUCGGAGUCUACCGGCAACCGUCCAAGCGACCCCUGACAGGACAGCCGGGUCUUCUGAGGAGGUCAAGCCAUUACUGGGAAAAGGACCAAAGUUACAGGAGGGAAGAUUCCAAAAACACCCAAUACAAGAGGAAUUACAAAAGGAGACUUUGACAACCCCAUCACCCUCUCAUUCUUUUACCGUGACUCAACGUUCUGUGGUGCCAUCCGAAACACAGGACCAACCUACAAAUAAACUACAGACACCUUCACGAGACAGACAUCAUGCUUUAACCUCUCUUCAACUUCCUCCAUCAUCCAAUUAUAGAUAUUCAGGUGGGCCAAUACUAUCAGGUUCAUCAACAUCACUAAUCAAGGGCAGACAUCUUCCUCCACCAGUUUCCUCCAGAGUUUCUUCUCAAAAGCCAGUACAGAAAAUACCAUUUGGAAAUGUAUCCUCUCCUCAGUCCUCUCACCCACCUGAGGUGGACAAAGAAACCUUAACAAAGACAACAAACUCUAAAGAAUCUGUACAAGGACUCAGUAAGGGUUCUUUAGUAUCCAGCUUACCAGAAGCCCAUUUUCCAAAACACAAAGAAACAAUAAAUAAGACCGUACCAUUGUACAAUCGCAUGCCAUACAGAGGUCCAUUCCCUCGUCGACCUAAUAUUGGUCAAAACCGGACCAGCACCUUUCAGCAGCCAUACAGGAAUCCCAUACGCAGACCCUUACUUUCCAGGAUCAACAACACUGCUAUAAACAGAGUGGAACCUGAAACCUUUAGCAGCAGUCAACAUGUCUUAACCCCCAACCGCCCACCAAUAUUUACAAGGCAGAGAAAAAAUGGAACAGUCAUUAGACUUCCACCAAAACUCCUCGGUCAAAUAAAAACAGCUGGUGCUGCAGUAGAAAACAAGAGCAAAGAAACAAAUAUUUUAUUCCCAGCAGAUACAGAUUCUCAUCCUAAAUCUGAACUCUCCUUUUCAACAGAUAAGGCUUCAUCCAAAAGCAAUGCAAAAAUACAACCUGUUAGCGGGAGAUCAGAAAUGAACAUCGAGCACAUCUUGCCCAGAGUCACAAUCAGUGACAACGACACUACUUUGCCAAAUCAUCAGAGGGCAUCUGUAGUCAUUGUCGGAAGGCAAAAUGCCUCAAAUCUGAAGAUUAGACCAACAUUUUCAUUGAAACGGAUAAACAACACAAUCAUCAGACUUCCAUCAAGAAUUCCUGCUUUAACAAAUGUAAACUCAACCACCAUUUACAGUCCGUUCAAAAAUAAUAACUAUGAAACGAGGCUCAAAGACUCCAAAGAGAUAAGCAGGGACACAGGCACCAAACUGUUUACAUUGCCAACAGAGGGCGCUCCAACUGGAAUUACUGACACAUUAAAAGGUGAAGGUUCAGAAAAUGCUACUGAACACAUAAACAGGGUCGUGCCCAGGGUCACAUCCAGAGACCCUGAAAUACCAAAGAUUGCAACCAGAGACCAUGACCUGCCCAGUCUCGCAAACAUCACCACUACUUUACCGUUACUUAUUAAUCACAAUACUGAAUCUGAAAUCAAAGACCAGAGGGAAAAUGUCCCAGAUCAGAACCAGAACAAAUCUAUACUAAGAAGAAAAAAUGGCACUUUAGUCAGACCUCGACCAAAACGUCCAAACCAAAUAAAACCAAACACUCCCACUUUUCACAGUGAGCUGAAAGAAUCAGUUAUUCUCCCAACUGAUAAACCAACAGCUGAAAGUAAUUACAAAUUGCAAGCUGUUGCUGCAGGUUUAGAAGUUAGCAAUGAUAACGUUCUGCCCAGAAUCACAACCAAAGCCCAGGAUUUGUCUAGAAUCACAAGCCCAGAACAGAACUUGACAAUAAUCACCAGCAGAAAUCAGGAUCUCUUAAGAAAAACAGAAAGACUUAACUACCUGCCCAAAGUCACAGAUAAAGACCAGGACCUCCCCAUCACAACUAGAAAACAAGUGUCAUCUAAAAUCAUCAAGGAAAAUGUGGCAACUACACCAAGAAAAAAUGGAACAUUUCAACCAAAACCCCAUGCCGAUAUAGAACAUAAGUCCACCACAAUUCAGAGUGGGCUGAAGGACAAAGGCCCCAAUGUUGGAAAAGUUGCUGAAGAAUCUACAGAAUUUACUGAUCAUUCUGUAUCUGCUGGUGAAGAAGCUAACAAUGAUUACAUCCCACUCAACAUCACAAACCGGGACAACAGCAGCCCUAUGCAAGUCAAACCCGAAUUUCACAGUAUUAGUCAAAAAGGUCCAACUUCAAAUUUUACAGCAACAUUUACAAUGAAAAAGAAAAAUGGAAUGGACCUCAGACCCGCCCUAAAACGGCCCUCCAAAACGAAAAUAAUGCCAGAACUUGGUAACCUAAAACAAAAUAAAGAAAGCAGCAUUACCAUUCCUCAAAACACCUUCAAUCGCAACCGUAGACCACCUUUUACACUGCAAAGGAAAAACGGCACGAAUAGCAGACUCCCACCAAAAGUUCUUUCUCAACUCAGGCCAGAUUCAGGGAGAAAAAACUCCACACAGGAUCUUAAGCUUGAUUGGUCCACAGAAGUUCCUCACCCAACAGACAAAACAAAAAGCAGAUUUCCUAUCUCUGAGGUUCCAGAAGACGGAAUCAGUGAAAUUGGAGUCCAGAAUUUAACAUCAAAUAGUUUUAUUAUAAUUUGGGUGGCACCAGAGGGAAGGUUUAAAAACUUUGUGAUCAGAAUAACAGAGGAAAAGAUGAAGACGUGAAUGAGGGUGAUGGCAGCAAACAGGAAGAAGAAGUACAAGCCAGAACAGAUGGAAGUGAUAUAACCACUAAUGUUAUUGCGGAUAUGAGGAGGAACAGCAGCAAUGUUGUGGUUAGACAGAAUUCCAUCAGGUUGCUUCC